UUCCCCUUCAAAAACAAUUUUCCAGAUAUUUUAGUUUCCAACUCUAUUGCCAGCCGUUAAUUCGGUUGAUAUUUGGAUUCCACCCUAGACAACAACAUAGAUUCGCUUUUAUUAUUUCAAAAUCCAAAUUCAAAACUUCAGCAACACAACAAUGGCGGUGGCGUCUAGCCUCUCACAGCUUCGCUGCCGCAACCAUUUCUCAACGCAAUCGCUUCUCCAUAGCACACACACCUGUUUCUCUCCCUCUCCUCUCGCUCCGCUGAAUCUUCGAAACAAUCGCCUUUCACUUCGCAUUCGAACUACCGCCAAAUCUUCUCCCAACAAAAGCGCCAGCAUUCUGCCGGAGAAAGCAGCUGACGGUUCCAAAACAAGCCCCGAUUCUUCGGUGAUUUCAGAUAACCGGGUCCGGGAACCCGACCCGGAUCAUCCAUCCGGGUUGUCUCUCUGGAGUUCAGCCUCUUCGAUAUUGGAGGGAUUCAAAGUGGAUGGAUUGGGUCGAGAGAUUUUGUCAAUUGCAUUGCCUGCUGCAUUGGCUCUGGCUGCUGAUCCCAUUGCUUCGCUUAUUGAUACUGCAUUCGUCGGCCAUUUAGGAUCGGUUGAAUUGGCAGCAGUAGGAGUUUCGGCAUCAGUGUUCAACCUUGUGUCCAAAUUAUUCAAUGUUCCCCUACUCAAUAUUACAACUUCUUUUGUAGCUGAAGAGCAGGCAGUACUCAGCAAGGGUUCUGAUCAGCCAGGGCAGACAUAUAGUGGUGAUUCUUUUAUGUGCGCCUAUUCCAAUGGUGGGGCAGAACAGAAGAGCAAGAUUAUUCUUCCUUCAGUAUCAACUUCUUUAGCACUUGCUACUGGCCUUGGCAUUGCAGAAGCUAUUGCAGUUUCCGUUGGUUCCAGUUUUCUGAUGAAUGCAAUGGGUAUAGCUGCUGAUUCACCAAUGCGCUCACCUGCUGAACAAUUUCUUACCAUGAGGGCGUUUGGUGCUCCAGCAAUUGUAAUAGCACUUGCUGCUCAGGGAACAUUUCGUGGGUUUAAGGACACGAAGACACCUCUUUAUGCAGUUGGAGCUGGUAGCUUGCUGAAUACAAUAUUGGAUCCACUUUUGAUAUUCUCUUGUGGUUUUGGCAUAAGUGGUGCUGCUAUUGCUACUGUGAUUUCUGAGUACUUGAUUGCUUUCAUCCUGCUUUUCAAGUUAAAUGACAAAGUCCUUCUUAUUGCUCCAGACAUUGAUGGGGAAAGGGUUGUUCGAUAUCUGAAAUCUGGUGCUCUUCUUACUGGGAGAACUUUGGCAGUGUUUGUAACCACGACACUGGCAACAUCCCUGGCAGCUAGAGAGGGUCCCAUACCUAUGGCUGGUCAUCAAAUCUGUUUCCAAGUUUGGUUGGCAUUGUCUAUGCUUACUGAUGCUUUAGCACUGGCAGGCCAAGCUCUCCUUGCCAGUGAUUAUUCUCAAGGUAAUUAUACUCGAGCACGUGAAGUGGUUUACAAAGUCCUGCAGAUUGGUAUGGCAACUGGACUGACCUUAGGUGUGAGCUUGCUCUUGUGGUUUGGAGCACUGUCCAGCUUAUUCAGCUCAGACUCUGAGGUUCUAGAAAUUGCCAGUUAUGGUACUUUGUUUGUUGCUGGAUCUCAACCAGUGAACGCCAUUGCUUUUGUUCUUGAUGGACUUUAUUAUGGGGUCUCAGACUUUGAAUUUGCUGCUUACUCAAUGUUGCUAAUUGGAAUGAUCUCCUCCGUUUUCUUAUGGGUGGCUACUCCUUUCUUUGGUCUUGCUGGAGUUUGGGCAGGCCUGUUUCUCUUAAUGGCUUUGCGUGUGGUAGCUGGAUGCCUGAGACUAGGCACAAGAACUGGACCCUGGAAAUUCCUCUGGUCUGAUAUUGAACGGGACAGUACCGAUGCACUUGAUGAGUUGUCAACGCACAAAAAGCCAAAACAUGAAUAGGCUUAUGUCAUAUGAUGAAGACUUGCUCACGAAAUUUGCUGCCUUCUAGCGGCUGACUUGCAUUAAUGCUUUCAAUCUGGGUUUUGGAUUCUUGACCCCUUACUGAAAACUAUGGCUCAGACAAUAUGUUGGUGAGCAUAUGAUAAGUCCAGCUUGGGAACGCAAAAGAUCAUUAACAGUUACUUCCAUCACCCUCGUCUUCAGGAUUAACCAGCAUGCUACAGCAUCUCUAACCACGACUAAACAGCUCUAAGUUAAACCUAGUAAGUACUUCAUUUUCAUGGUAUUUACUUCCUAAGAGUCGAAAAGUAAUGCUGUUAAGCUUUCCAAGCUUCCCACUUGUAAAUUCAGUAGCUUUCUGUUAUAGAACAUAAAUUUUGUGAAGAAUUGAAGAUUCUUGAACAAAGGCAGAUAGAGCUGAAUGUAAAGGAGAUGUUUUUCAUGAUUUA